AUGGAGUUCGAUUUUGUGUCACCGGAAUUGGAAUUGGAAUCCAGGCAGCUCUUCUCUUCUGGUAUGGUGGAAAUGGAGGAAAUUGAUGAAAUACGACACCGUUUGGAUCAUGUCGAGUGCGAAGAGGAAGGCGUCAGCGCUCCUUGCUACUCCGUACCCACCAUUAAUCAUUUAACAGAGCCCUCAUUGAUCAAUAGGUUAGAUAGAAUGGUUUUUGAAAUGAACCUUGUGAUCAUUGUAAUAUUGUCCAGCAUCUUGGGGCAAUCACAAAAUCCCAAGCCACCUCCAGGGAAUUGUAUGAAUUUGAAAUUUGAUCCCGGUACUAUGCUCAAGAAAUUUGAGCAACGGUCGACAGGUUACGGACGCAUUUACAACAACACUGCAGAGAAAGAAAACCGUUUUGCCAUAUUUGUGAAGAAUUUUAUACUUGUGGACAACUUCAACAAGGAUGCGAAUAUGACUUGCAAGUUAAGCCUCAACCCGUUUUCUGAACAAAAUGGAGGAAUCACCUCCGAAGAAAAUUACCCAUACACCGGUACAGAUAAGGAAACAUGUGACACCACCAAAACAAAUGUGCAUGUUGUCGAAAUAACAGGUUUUGAAUUGGUUCCUUGCAAUAGCGAAAACAACCUGCUCAAGGCUGUGGUUGUUUGGCCAAUCUUGGUUGCCAUUGUGACCAAUGGAGAAGCCCUUAAGGCAUACGCGGGAGGGGUACUCUCCGGUGAGUGUGGGACAAACCUUACUCAUACUGUUACAAUUCUUGGCUAUGAAACCACUGAAGAUGGUAGCAACUAUUGGUUAGUGAAGAACUCGUGGGGAGAAACAUGGGAUGAAAAUGGCUACACAUGA